GUGGAACUCAUAGUAGGGCCCUCGGAAGAAGUCAUCCCCCAGCUGAAAGAGAAGCACGGGCUGCUGCAGGCGGACUUGGUCUUCAUGGACCACUGGAAGCGCUGCUACCUGCGGGACCUGCAGCUGCUAGAGGCCCACGACCUCCUGCCCGAGGGGGCCACGAUCCUGGCCGACAACGUCAUCUUCCCCGGGGCUCCCCAGUUCCUCCAGUACGUCAAGGCCUGCGGCAAGUACCAGUGGAAGCUGCACCGGACCAGCCUGCAGUACUUCCGGGCCAUCCGCGACGGCAUGGCCCAGCUCACCUACACGGGCCUCAAACGAUGA